GAUAUCCUCCUCCCUCCCCCUCAAGCUCCAGCUCCACUCUCUCUCUCUCUCUUUCUCUCUCUAGCUCUCUCCGAUUUUGGCGCCAAAUUUCGAGGGAUUUCCGAUUCGUUUCCGAGCUCUGCGCCGGCUCCGAUCCCGUCCCGCCUUCCGCCGACGCUUGUCGCAGCGGGGAGGUGUCCCGCCGCCGCCCGAUGGGGACGCUAACGAGCUGGAGCUUCGGCGCGCUCAGCAUCAGGCUCCGUUCCUCGUCUCCCGUGGUGCGCGCUCGCGGCGCCGGAGCUCGGCCUUUCCAGCCCGCGAGGUCGAGGGGCCCGUGCUUUCUGUGCGGGAGAGGCGGUUCGGUUUCGUAUAGGAGGUUAGAUAGGUUCCGGCGAUUCAGCAGCGGCGGCGGCGACGGUGGCGGCGGCGGCGGCGACGGCGAUUAUAGGCCGGAGAGCGAGAAUGACUCGGGGAAAGAGUCGAGCGUGACCACCGCGGAGCCGCCGCCGCCCCCGCCGGCCCCGCCCGAAGAGGCUGAAGAGAGGAGCCGCGCUGAGUUCGAGCCUGAGAAGAUUUCGUCGAGGCUGCCAGAAACACCUUCAUUUGGACCAACUUACACUAGCUUUCAAGUAGACUCUUUUAAACUUUUGGAGCUUCUUGGACCGGAAAAAGUUGAUCCUGCUGAUGUAAAACUAAUCAAAGAAAAGCUCUUUGGCUACUCAACAUUUUGGGUUACAAAAGAAGAGCCAUUUGGAGAUCUGGGUGAAGGUGUACUUUUUCUUGGAAAUCUCAGGGCAAAGAGAGAAGAUGUGUUUGCUAAGCUGCAAAAACAGCUGGUUGAAGUCACUGGAGAUAAGUACAAUCUUUUUAUGGUUGAGGAACCCAACUCAGAAGGACCUGACCCUCGAGGGGGGCCACGCAUUAGCUUUGGUUUGUUGAGGAAAGAGGUCUCAGAACCAAGACCAACAACUCUUUGGCAGUAUGUGAUAGCUCUAUUGCUAUUUCUUUUAACCAUCGGUUCAUCAGUGGAGUUGGGAAUUGCAUCUCAGAUAAAUCGUCUUCCACCGGAAGUUGUGAAAUACUUCACUGAUCCCGAUGCUGCUGAACCACCAGAUAUGGCGCUGCUAUUUCCAUUUGUGGAAUCUGCAUUGCCCGUAGCGUAUGGUAUCUUGGGGGUUCUAAUGUUUCAUGAAGUUGGGCAUUUGCUUGCUGCCUUUCCAAAGAAAGUUAAGUUGAGCAUUCCUUACUUUAUUCCCAACAUCACUCUUGGAAGUUUUGGUGCCAUAACUCAGUUCAAGUCCAUACUUCCUGAUCAGAGUACAAAAGUCGACAUUUCUUUGGCUGGGCCUUUUGCUGGUGCUGCACUCUCUUUCUCAAUGUUCAUAGUUGGUCUUCUGCUUUCAUCGAACCCUGAUGCUUCUGGAGAUUUGGUGCAAGUUCCUAGUAUGUUGUUUCAAGGUUCUUUGCUUCUUGGACUCAUCAGUAGAGCAACUCUUGGUUAUGCGGCAAUGCAUGCUGCUACUGUUUCGAUUCAUCCUCUUCUGAUUGCAGGAUGGUGUGGAUUGACUACAUCAGCCUUCAAUAUGCUCCCUGUAGGAUGCUUAGAUGGUGGAAGAGCUGUGCAGGGUGCCUUUGGUAAAGGUGCUCUACUAGGAUCUGGUCUGGCCACUUACACAAUGUUGGGAUUAGGAGUGUUGGGCGGACCUCUGUCACUUCCUUGGGGGCUUUAUGUUCUGAUAUGUCAGAGAACCCCGGAGAAACCAUGCUUGAACGACGUAUCAGAAGUCGGGACGUGGAGGAAAGGAGCGGUGGUAGCAGCUAUCGUGCUGGUUGUGCUGACGCUCCUCCCGAUAUGGGACGAACUGGCGGAAGAGCUAGGUAUAGGCCUCGUAACAACAUUCUGAUGUACAGUGGCAAAACUCAGAGAGAGAGAGAGAUGGUACAUAAGAGCACACGUUGGUUCAGCCCUCUUCAAAGGGCAAACCGGGAGCAAUUUUUGAAACGAUAGUGUCAAUAAAAAGUCCGCUCGAUAUUUUUUCUAA